AUUACCAAAUUAACUGGCUCAAACAACUCUUCGUUUUUCACAAUCGCACGGAAAGAACUAUUUCAUAGCAAAAAUGGGGCCCACAAAAGUGCCAAGAAAAUACUCACUGUCAUCACAGAUGGGCAGAAGUACCGAGACCCCCUGAAUUACAGCGAUGUCAUCCCCCAGGCGGAGAAAGCUGGGAUUAUCCGCUACGCCAUCGGGGUGGGAGAUGCUUUCCAGGAGCCUGAUGCCAGGCGGGAGCUGAACACAAUCGGCUCAAUGCCCUCACAGGACCAUGUGUUCAAGGUGGGCAACUUUGCAGCCCUUGGCAGCAUCCAGAAGAAGCUGCAGGAGAAGAUCUUUGCAGUGGAAGGAACCCAAUCAAAGACAAGCAGCUCCUUUCAGCAUGAGAUGUCCCAGGAAGGCUUCAGUGCAGUUUUCACAAUG